ACGGAAGCAAAUAAACUUAUUGUAAAAAUAAACACAUUGUAAAGCUUUGCCCUUUGUUUUUCAGACACUGACUCCUCUCAUAUGACCAGCUGGCAUUGGACAGGGUAUUGGACCCUCCUCCUGCACGACGACAGAAUGAGACAGUAGCUGGGGGUGUUGGAAAUCAUCCCUCCCCCCCUCCUCUUUGUUUUCCCCCUCCUACAUAUCCAAGAAGCAUAUCCAUGCUCGCUAUCUUACACCAACACUCUACAAAACAAUACUUUGGACCUUUGUGGCCCCCACGCUUUACUUUGUAGGGACCGUGAGACUUUUACAGGACCGUUGCUGCUGAGAACAAAACCUGUUUCCUUUCAGCCAGUGGACACAUCCUUCCAUCCUUACAGCUUUGGUGGAGCUUAAUGGAAGCUCAGUAGAUCUUUGAAUCAUGUAAACACCAGAGGACCACUGGGAGUUUCCAUUUGGAGUUGUAUAUUAAUAGGCUGAAAGACUGCCAGUGAGUGAAGCAAAUCUAAUUCAACCUGCAGCAGAACAUCUGUUAGAAUAAAUGAUACCUCUCCUUUGCUGUUUCAUCCAUCACAUCUAAAGUACCUUGUGCUUCAUCGAACUGUUUACAUCCACUCCACAUAUCUGAUCCAUCUGCCAAUCCUUGAAACGAUUUGUUUGUUUACAUUUCCAGGCCUUAUAGCUUUCCAAGACAUAUCUGUUUCAUUACUUUCUCCUGUUUACAUGCAAGUAAAAGUUUGAAGUAUCUAAGAUACUAGGAAUGAGACCACCGUAGAGUUCAGUUCCUCACACUUAUCCAACCUUAACUCACUGAGACUGUUCAUCUGACUCUCAAACGUGGUACACUACUUCCACUGAACAGUUCCGUCACCAUGUACACGCUGCAGUCCAAAUGGCGCUACCUAAUCAUGUUCUUGGGGGUCCAGUUAGUGGUCAUGGCUCUUCUUUCUAGAGAGGGCUACCAGAAAAGAGUGUCAUAUUUUUUCCGGAUUUUCCGAAAGCCGGAUACUACGACAGGACAAACAGUUGUUGGACGCAACCACACGGAUGUUUAUGCCAACCUCUCCCUUUUGGGCUCUGCUCUUAAUAAAGAGGACAUGCCCUACUGCCCCAAGCAGUCUCCUCUGAUUGGUGGACCAAUUCGUGUCACUUUCCCCUCUGGGCUUACGUUUGCUGAGGUGGAGAGAAAGAAUCCACUUGUUGUCCGUGGAGGGCGUUAUAGGCCGCCAAACUGUGAGGCUCGCCACCGCACUGCAAUAAUCAUUCCCCACAGAAAUAGGGAGCACCACCUCAAGUUCCUCCUCUACUAUCUGCAUCCCUUCCUACAGCGUCAGCAGCUCAACUAUGGCAUCUAUAUCAUUCACCAGGAUGGUAAUUACACCUUUAACCGAGCAAAGCUGAUGAACGUGGGAUUUCGCGAAGCCAUGAGGGAAGAGGACUGGGACUGUCUCUUCUUUCAUGACGUGGACCUCAUUCCCGAGGAUGACCGCAACACCUACAUCUGCGACGCUCACCCCAAACACGCUGCCAUUGCCAUGGACAAAUUUGGCUACAAGUUGCCUUAUAAGAUGUAUUUUGGAGGAGUAUCGGCUCUGACCCCUGUUCAGUACCUCAAAAUGAAUGGUUUCCCAAACAAUUACUGGGGCUGGGGUGGUGAGGACGAUGACAUUGGUGUCCGUGUCUCACUUGGAGGAAUGCUAAUCAGUCGUCCGUCUCUAAAAGUGGGCCGAUAUAAGAUGAUCAAACACAAGCACGACAAAGGCAAUGAAGUCAAUCCCAAAAGGUUUAACAUGUUGGCUAAGACCCGGCAUACGUGGAAAGAAGACGGUAUGAAUACGGUGGAGUAUGAGAUCGUAUCCCGGGAUUACCAGCCUCUUUACACCAACAUCACGGUCAACAUUGGCACCGAGGCAGGCCUGCACCCGACUAAAAAAAAAGCUGCUUCUUAGCUGACUCCCAGCAUUCUUGUGGAUCCCAGAGGCACAAGUCUUAGCGCCAAUGCCGCACUGCCUGCAGACUUCACCCACAUGCACAUGGCCAGUGAAUUCAUGGGACAUCAUGCCUUUACUGCACCACAGACCUUCUGUUUUUCUCUGUAAUAGCGGUGCCAUCUAGUGAUCCCAUGAUUCUCUGUCCUUUCUCUCUCUCUCUUUCUCCAAAGUUUGACAUUCUGAUCCUGCGCUCACUGGUUCACUUUAUAAGUCAGGAUGCUGCAGAAACUUCAUCAGCUGGUCCACACACUGAACGCUUCACAGACUCAGUAGGAAGGAUGUGUUUCCUGACAGACAGACUCUUCAUGUAUCAUCUGUGCCCAUGGGCACCAUUGAAAAACCUCUGUUGCCUUAGAAUCAAGCUGCAUUCUCUCCUUACGUUUCUUUCAUGAUGACUAGAGCGUAGCUUCGGCCGCCCGUGGUUGACGUGUCGCAGUGGGUCAGGCCGACUCUUUAGGAGGGGUAAAAUUUGUGUUUUUGCCACGUGGGGAAAUAGUGAAGCAGGCCAAUCAACUACAUGAGCAGCAUUGUUUGCUGCACUACUCUGUGAGUCUGGUGCAUUUCCUGUUCAAUAAAUUAGUACUUUUGAUUAUGUACUGUAUUGCUAUCCAGGUGGGUGGAGUGAUAUUUUGUUAUAUAUCUUCCAUUUCGAGUAACUCAGUCAGAACUGGCCUCUUUGGUAGUAAUAACCACUCUACAUAUCCUGAUGUUCUUUUUUUUUUAUUCCUGAAUUGUCAUAAUUGCCUUCGGUUAUCUUAGUAAUAAUAUUGGCUUUUAUAAUCAAUGCGCUGCCUCUCAUUUUCACGAAUUACUCAACACAUUGUAUUUUAUCUGCAUGAUUUUUUUUUUUAAUGAUUGGCUGGUUGUGUGUGGUUUGCUUUUGGAUCAGGCAAUAGGCUUGUUGAAUGUAGCUGUAUUUCUCCUUUUGGUCAGAGAAUGUCAUAUCAGUGAAGAGCGCAUCGUGUUGUGUCCAUUUGGAUGGCUUGGUGAAAAGUACAUACUUCGGAAGCCCCUAU